AUGGGAGCUGCCACCUCGUGCUGUGCUCCAGUUCGGCCGGGCGCCCAAGGCAACGACAACGGGAUCGAGGAGCAUAUUGAUGAAGCCACUUCACCUAACCCAGGGCAUCACGGCAACAGCGACGAGAUAGACAGGUAUCUGGACGAAAGUACCUCGGAAAAUAGACACGGCACCGAGCCGCCGGUCACUCCUGACGCCUUGGUAUCGUCAGCUCUAUACAACGCUGUGAAUAGUCCCAUCUACAUCCUCCCGGACGAGAUACUCUUAGCGAUCAUCCACACCCUUAUCGAUGAUAAAGACUCAGCCUCUUUUUUCUGCAUUCGAAAAGUUUCUCGCCGUUUUCGACUCCUGACAAAUGAUCGCCAGUUUAAAGAGGUGCCAUUCUGCAUGUAUUCCAAGUGCAACUCCUGUUAUACCGAGUUGAAUGAACGGUGCAGCUUUUACAGGAUGAACAGCGGCGAGGUUGAUUGCCAGAUGCACUGGAUCCCUCGAUUCAUAGGAUACCCACCUGGGCCCAAGAAUGACAUAGCUAGCCGACUGAGGAGAGAUCUUCUAUGCAUGAUGUGCCAAGACGGCGUCCAAGAGAGAAAAGACGCUGGCCUCCCGAUUCGCUGCAAGUUUGCUCCGCGGGACGACCUGGACUGGCUAGAUUGUUCCAGCUGUGGACUAGAACACCCAUCAGCAGUGUUUUCAUCGCUACAGAGGCAGAAGAUCAACGAUCGAGUAUGCGUUGCAAAAGAAGGCUACAUCCGUCUGUGCCAACACGAAGUUAUCCGGUGGGACGACAUCCAACCGUGGGCUGGUCCGGGGAUCCGGUACCAUCAUGAAGUGAUCAAAGUCUGCAAGCAUGCUAGCCAUUCUGUGGCUUGCUGCGAACAAGCUUCAUGGCCAAAAGCGACGGUCACGGCGCAUGAAAACGGAAUAACAACUCUUUCCCUGUCUUGGAAUCCUCAUUCAGGCCCAGACCUUAACCCCGGCCGUCUUGGUCCCCAGAGACACAGUGCCACCGAGGUACGAGCAGUUGCACAGCGCUUUCGCGCCGAUGCAGCCCGGUUCAUCGUUCCAGAGCAAAGAUCGGGUCACCUUCCAGAGAUGGAAUGUUUCACAAAGGGGAUGUGA